AUGCAUGCUCCUCCGCCACCAUCGCUCCCCCCCAAGCCAGGCAGCCAUGAGACUAGCCGCAUCAGCACACCCAUUAUAUCCAACUCGCCCCGGCCAGGGACUGGGCCCGGAUUCGAACUGGACGGCUCCGGCCCAGGACAUCCAGCUUACCAAUCGGCUGGGCUUGAGUUCUCCCAACCUGAAUCUAUUCCGGAUCCCGGUGACCAGUGGCUUCCAAAGUUACUGCAGGACAAGUCGAAACAUGACCUUGCAGACAUCGCCACCAACCUCGAACUUCUGAACGCCCUCACCCAUGCGCCAAGCACUAUUCACCCGUCUUUAGCAUCGUCGCAUCAAGCUCUCAAGGCUGCCUUGGCCGAAAAUCUCGACAUUGCCUCGCGCCUCGUUGAGCUUGAGGCUCGAUUAGCACACCAGAGGUCAUCCGCACAAGCUCAGCUGCUCUCAACACACGCUUUGGAGCGCCAAUGGCGGCAAAAACAGUCAGACAUGGACCACGCACUGGCGCCAUUCUCACCAGCUUCUCUGUACCAGAGGCUGGGGCAAGGUGUUCACGAACAAGCUUCCGUAUGUCAUGCCCUGGAAGAAAGUUUCAUUGAUGGAGAGGGAGGCGGUGCAUUUGCUUCGGAGAGGGAAACAUUAGAAUGGAUCAAAAGGUAUAGAGACGCAAAAGCAUUGUAUUACCUCCGGCAAGAGAGGAAGGGGCGCUGGGAUGAGGGUCGUGUAGGUGGUUGGAGGUAG